AUGCCCGCCUCGGACCACGGCUCCGCCAACGGCGAGGAAACGGCUUUUGACAGCUCCAAUGGUCACCACAACGGCUACGGCAUGUUCAAGACAAAAGGAUGCACGACGCUGAACAGAGCAGAGGAGCUGGAGGGGCUUCUCGAUGCCGUCAAGUCGCUCAUCGUGCCAUAUGUCCGUGAAGCGGACCAAGAGGCCGCCGUGAAGCCUGCUGGCAGACUUCUCCAGCAGCCCGGAUCCAACGGACCUCCUCGAAAUGUCCUCAUUGAGGCCUAUUCACCCAAAGAGUUGCUUGAGCGUUACAACUUUUCUCUUCCUGCCGGCCAGGGCCGCGGAAAAGAGGGUCUCCUCGAUGCCAUCCAAGAUAUCCUGCGAUACAGCGUAAACACAUGGGACCAAGGCUUCAUGGACAAGCUGACGGCGAGCACAAACCCCGUUGGUGUCAUUUCCGAGAUUAUCCUUGGCGUCCUCAAUACCAAUGUUCAUGUCUACCACGUCUCUCCCGCCCUGACUAUCAUUGAAAAGGUUACCGCCAAGGCCAUGGCCUCUUACUUUGGUUUCACCGGCCCUCAUGCGGGUGGUGUCACCUGCCAGGGCGGCUCAGCAUCCAACUUCACAUCUCUUGUCAUUGCCCGCAACGCCUUAUACCCUGACGUCAAGGUCAACGGCGGCGAGGGCUACCGCUUCACCGUCUUCACCAGUGAGCACGGCCACUUUUCCGUAGAAAAGGCUGCUGUGGCUGCUGGCAUGGGAUCGUCCAGCGUCAUUGGCGUUCCCACUAGCCCCGAUGGCCGCAUGGAUACUUCUGCUCUCCGCAGGCUGAUCCUCGAAUCCAAGGCCCAGGGCCGCACUCCUCUAUAUGUCAACGCCACGGCAGGCACCACCGUCUACGGCAUGUUUGACCCGAUGCACGAGAUCCGUGCCAUCUGCGACGAGUUCGGCAUGUGGAUGCAUGUCGAUGGCUCCUGGGGCGGUUCCGUUGCCUUCUCCUCCAAGCACCGCCACAAGCUCGCUGGCAGCGAGCUUGGCGACUCGCUGACAAUUAACCCGCAAAAGAUGCUCAACGUGCCCAUGACGUGCUCCUUCCUCCUCACCAACGACCUCAGACGCUUCCACGGCGCCAACUCACUGCGCGCCGGCUACCUUUUCCACGACCCCGAGGACGAGGAGGUCUGGGAUCUCGCUGAUUUAACGCUGCAGUGCGGCCGCCGCGCCGACAGCAUGAAGAUGGCCCUUGCCUGGAUCUACUACGGAGCCGCCGGCUUCGAGCAGGGCAUCGACCACGCCUUUGACAUGGCUGAGCGUCUUGCCACUCUUGUUGAGAAGAGCCCCGACUUUGAGCUCAUCUCUCCCAACCCUACCCCAUGCCUGCAGAUUUGCUUCUACUACGCACCUGGCGGCAAGAUUGCCGACGACAAGGCUGAGAAUACAAGAAGAACGCGUGCCAUGGUGGCCAAGAUGGUGCCUCGCGGCUUCAUGUUCGACUUUGCCCCCGGCCCCAAGGGCCACUUCUUCCGUGUCGUGACCAACUGCCAAACCUUACCAGGCACUGUUGACGGCCUGUUCAAGGGCCUGACCGAGGUCGGAAAGGAAGUUGUGCCGAUGUAA